AUGUCCUCGGACACAGAAAUAAAUAUGCUCAGCAUUCAUGCUGAAACGAAUUCAGAGAAAGGUGACAUUGUGGACUGGGAUGGUCCUCAUGACCCGGCGAACCCCCGGAACUGGAAGAAUGGACUGAAGCUGCGACAUGUACUCCUUGUCAGCGCCUUCACCCUGUACUCAAAUCUUGCCGCAGUCAUGUUCGCUCCCGGGGCGGCAGAUCUCGUCAAGGACUUCCACGUCACCAGCACUAUCGUCGCCUCUUUCACCGUGUCCAUCUAUCUUCUGGGUUAUGUGUUUGGCCCUUUUCUCCUUUCCUCCAUGUCCGAGAUCUACGGUCGUUUGAUCAUCUACCAUCUCAGCAACGUCGGCUAUAUCGCAUUCACAAUUGGCUGCGCCCUAAGCACAGAUACGGCCAUGUUUUUGGUAUUUCGCUUCAUAUGUGGUUGCGCUGCCUCCGCUCCGAUGGUGGUUGGGGGAGGAACCAUUGCAGACCUUUAUCAAGCCAGCGAACGUGGCAAGGCGAUGGCUCUAUUCGGCCUCGGCCCGCUUCUGGGUCCGGUCAUUGGCCCAGUGGUAGGCGGCUUCGUGACUGAGUACCUCGGGUGGCGGUGGACAUUUUGGUUAAUCUUGAUCCUGGCGGGAGUUGUCUCUUUGCUUGCCCUUUUCCUACUGCGGGAAACUUUCGAGCCUGUUCUUCUCGAGCGCAAGGCGGCUGCUAUGCGCAAAGCCACCGGCAACAGUCAGUGGCAGGCACGAACCUACAACAAUGACCGUACGCCAGCUCAGAUCUUUGCACGGGCCACAGUACGACCCCUCAAGAUGCUCCUAUCACCCAUCGUCCUCCCGCUCUCUCUCUACUGUGCCUUCAUGUUCGGUCUCAUCUACCUGCUUUUCACUACUUUCCCAGAGGUGUUCGAGACCACAUACCACUUCGCCACCGACAUCUCUGGUCUUGCAUAUCUAGGUCUCGGCGUGGGUAUGAUCAUCAGCAUCGCCCUGUUCGCUAUUCUCAGCGACAAGCUACUCAAGCAGCCGCGCGAGGGAACUCUCGAACGGCCGGAGCUACGUCUCAUCCUCAUGAUCUGGUCAUCGCCCAUUGUUCCCAUCGGCUUCUUCUGGUACGGAUGGAGUGCCGACAAAGUUACUCAUUGGAUUGUCCCAAUCCUAGGCACUGUCUUCAUUGGCCUAGGGGCCUUCCUCAUCCUCAUGCCCGCCCAGUUGUAUCUUGUUGAUGCAUUUGGCUCCGAGGCGGCCGCGUCCGCCCUAGCGACAAACACCAUUUUGCGCAGUCUGUUCGGUGCCUUGUUGCCACUUGCAGGAACACCCAUGUACGAAUCUCUGGGCCUUGGUUGGGGAAACAGCUUGUUGGCUUUCAUCGGCUUAGCGUUUGCUCCUCUUCCUUUCCUCUUUUACAAAUAUGGAGAGGCACUGAGAACCAGAUUUCCUAUCAACCUCUAA